GAGAUAAUACCAAACACUCUAGCGUAGUCGUGCAGGUUAACACAGAUAUAUAACAAUGAGAGUCCUAUUGGUCCUGUUUUUAUUGGAAGCAUGCAUUUGUGCAAAAGGGUGUAAAACUGGUUGGAUACGAUUUCAUUCUAAGUGUUACAUGUUUAGUCACACAGUCGCAACUUGGGCAGAAGCUGAGAGCCUCUGCAGUGCUUUUCAUUCUGUCCUGGCCGAACCAAGAUCUCAUGAAGAAUCAAUGUUUUUAAUCAGUCAUAGUGAAAAUGAAGCGGGACAAUUUUGGAUUGGAAUAUCAGAUAUUAUCGAAGAAGACAGGUGGAUAUACUCGUCCGAUCAGCAACCAACCCAAGUUAACGAUUUCCAUGCCAGUCAACCGAAUCAACAUACUAGUGCAAAUUGUGUAGCACUGUGGAAACCCUUUCAUGGUCACUGGGCUGAUGAACCAUGUACUACUCGAUAUAAUUUCAUUUGUGAGAGUCCACAAGAAUCGAGCGGAGAUGUUAUUGGUUAAGAUAAUACAACUUGAAAAGAUGGAUCUUUAAAAAUAGUUUUUGAAAGUUGAAAAGUAAAGCAUUGUUUUCUAUGACAUGCAGUUUUUAAUAUAUAUAUAU